GGCUUCUCAAAGUCUCUCAUUUUGUGCAACAUAAUGGUAUAGGCAUAUAUAUUUUAUUUUCUCCUUUUACUCUGGCUUUUCCUCUUGAUUUUCUCACAUUUUCUCUCGCUGAGUGUUUUGAACUGUUUGUAGGGAGUUUCAUAGAGAGGAAAGUAUCAAGCAUGAGUUUUUCCUCAAAAAUUGGAGAGCUAUGAGAGGUGGUUGAGCGUAUGCCUAAUGUUAGUGCACACAAUUCUCUCGUCGUGUAAAGUCGCCAAGAGACAAGAAAGCAGGAAAUAAUUUAAAUCAUGUUUCUGUUAGCUUUGCAGAAGACAGGGAAAUAAAAAGGAAGAAAAAUGUUUUAUAAUAACCUUUCUUACUAUGAAAGAGACGAUCGUGAAAAGUCAAUGUGCGUAAAACUGUUUAUGAGAACUUUUAAAUGUCCAAGUUAAUUUUUGUGUGUGUAUCUGUGUUGUACAAAAAUUAAUAAGAAAAAGAAUAUAUAUCAAACGAUUAAAAAAAGUGCUUGAGAAAUGAAUGGGCCUCUUUAAGAAAAACGGGUGAAAUGCCGAGAAAAAGUGUAUAAAUGGGCAAAAGGUUAUCAAAUAAAAUAGGAAUGAAAUAAAUAAAUAUCAUAAUAAAGUGAAAAUUGAUAAUUUUUGUGAGUAAAACUACAUUAUAAACCUAUAAUAUUAGAUCAGACUGGAUUUUCUUGUCUUAUACUUUACAACACCCUUUUAUUGUUAGAAAGUAUUCACAAUGUGUAUAAAGAAAACAGUAAUUUGUAAAUAAAAAGUGUCUAGUUAAAAAAAACAAAAAAAAAACCAAAAGACAACUAUCACACUAAAGACUCUCUAAAGAAAAACACAUCGAAAUAAUCUUCAAUUCCAAAUUAAUAACUAUCAAAUGCACCAUAUUUAGUGAUUUAUAGAUAUCAAGAUUAAAACACAAAAGUAAUUCAAUCAAACUUUUUUUUGCUAAAUUGAAUAGCGUUAAAAGAAAGAACAAGGGAAAAAAGACCUACAAUAAAACUUUGGUGUAAGUUGUGACAAGAGGUAUAAAAGUCUAUAUUACGUUUGCAGAGAAAAUCAAACUUAUGGGAAGUGUAAGUUUUCAAAAGAAUGUUCCUGACUAUUCUAGAAAAGAGUGGAGAUUUAUUUCCGAAACGAUAUGAUUGGGUAGAGGACCUCACCGUGGAUGGCUUUUGCCUCCAUGUCGGAAUCGUGAGGUGUGCGACACCCAUUUGUUACCUGCAUCAUUACUAUGCAACGCUUGCGAACGACAUUCACGCGAUCACGGACGCCUACAGGUGCCGAAAUGAAAACUCAGAGCAGUCUUGAGGUGCCUAAACAGGUUCGCUCAGCGUCAUUCGAUGAGAUCCAAUUGGAGUCCCAACGUACUGCCCUGCUGCGACAUCAGUCGUCGGCAGAUGAGAGAACGGGACUUUUGCAGGUACCACAGGUGACAAAUCAGCGUUCACGGAGCUUCGAUUCGGCUUCGGGUACGGGAGAUGAGGCAGGAACGUUUUUAGAAGUGCCGAAGCGAUUUCAGAGACGUAGGUCAUCGGGAACGAAAUCUUCACCGCCAGCAUGUAUUCACUGCCAGUAUUUGGAGGAAUAUGAGCGACAAGUGAGUGCAGAUCAGUUGUACUUCAUAGAUCAUCAAGAAGUUCGAUCACUCAGCUACAGUGAUACAUCAUCGAGCGAUGGUGAUGCUGACGAUGAGGAUGCUAGUGAGCCAGAAUAUGGGAAUAUUCUAUUACCACCACCUACGCCCUUUACUCCCUUUGCACCCUCCUCACCAUGUGGGAUUACGUUUACCCUGUCGCCGACCCAUGCCGAUGUGCCAACAUUCUUGCCACUGGGCUCACCACCGGCUCAAGUGGCUCCGUUGGUGUUUUCACCACCAGCCACCAUGGAACAAUUGUCACCACUGUCCACCUCCCCACCGCCAUUUGAUGAGCCGCCGCCAAUGUGCCGACCACGACGACGUUCGAUAUCGCGUCAAGAAGCUGUAUUUGUGGAGCCUCUGGAGAGCUCCCUGGAGAAUGUGGCACAUGCGUGUCGAAGCGAUGAACAGGAGACCAGAGAAGAAUCACAGGACACCAAGACUGAGGAUGAUGAGGAGGAAGCAGUGGGCGACAGCGAAGAUAAGUCAUCGGGAAAUGAAGGCAUGAAGCAUGGGGGUGAGGUGGUGUGUGACAUCUACUUGGCUGUGCCGGAUCUCAAGCGUGAUCGUGCCGCCUCGGUGGAUUCUUGCUUCACCAAAGUGCCGUCAUCUGGGAAAGCUGAGGAAAUUCAGCCACCACCCGAUGGUGGUCUAACUCUCACAGUUCCCAGCACUAAUGCCGUUCGCUCCAGAUCUGUAGAUAUUGUGCUGCCAACAGAUGAGCAGGCACGCUACAAAGCACUGGCAAUGGCCGGAGCUGCGGCUUAUUCCCAAGUCCACAAAGGAAAGCAUGACGCGGACUCGAGAGCGAUUCGUUGUACGCCAGAUUGGAGCGAAAAUGCCGUGGCUGGGGAUCAUCUGUGGGUACCCACUUCGGUGUCUGGUGAUUGCUGCUAUGUGGGGGACAAUGAGUGUGUGAAACAUGGACCUCGAAUGAAAUGUUCAGCAUGUAAAAUAAUCGCUCAUGCAAAUUGCAUUGGGAUUCUAAUGGAGCGUAAUAAAUUAUCGUGUAAACCUACCUUUCGGGAUGUUGGUAUACGACAGUAUAGGGAACAAACUACGACUCACCAUCACUGGGUGCAUCGGCGAUCGGAAAAAGGAAAAUGCAAACAGUGUGGAAAGUCGCUUCAGGCAAAAUUGUCUUUUGGAUCCAAGGAAAUUGUUGCCUUGUCGUGUGCUUGGUGCAAAUCAUCAUUUCACAACAAGGAAUCCUGUUUCAAUCAACAACGAAUUGGUGAAGAAUGUUCAUUAGGGAUACAUUCCAGUAUUAUUGUGCCUCCGUCGUGGAUCGUGAAAUUGCCUCGAAAGGGAAGUUUUAAGUCAUCAUUAAGGAAAUCACCGCGAAAAAAGCAACAGGGCAAGAAGAAGCCUAAAGAUCGCGAACCACGUACAUUUGUGAUUAAACCAAUCCCAACGGCCAAUGUAACACCUGUGAUUGUUUUUAUUAAUCCAAAAAGUGGUGGCAAUCAGGGUGCGAAGCUCCUACAGAAGUUCCAAUGGCUAUUAAAUCCGCGUCAGGUGUUCGAUUUGACCCAGGGUGGACCGAAAAUGGGGCUGGAGUUAUUUCGCAAAGUACCACAAUUGCGUAUAUUGGCAUGUGGAGGGGAUGGAACUGUUGGAUGGGUGCUCUCAGUGUUGGACCAAAUUGGUUUUACGCCUCCGCCCGCGGUGGGUGUAUUGCCACUCGGUACCGGCAAUGAUCUAGCACGUGCACUAGGUUGGGGUGGUGGCUAUACAGAUGAGCCAAUUGGGAAGAUAUUGGCCAAUAUUGGGGAUUCUGAUACAGUUCUGCUGGACAGAUGGAGUCUCAAUGUGGAACCUAAUAGUUCGGCUAAGAGUGAUUCGAUGGAUGGGAAGGAACAAUUACCACUAAAUGUUGUCAACAAUUAUUUUUCCCUUGGGGUCGAUGCUCAUAUUGCAUUGGAAUUUCAUGAGGCGAGAGAAGCACAUCCGGAAAAAUUUAAUUCACGCCUGAGGAAUAAAAUGUUUUAUGGUCAGGCUGGUGGGAAGGAUUUGCUAAAGAGAAAAUGGAAGGGUCUGGCGGACUUUGUGACAUUGGAGUGCGAUGGGAAGGAUCUGACGCCCAAAUUGCGUGAACUCAAAGUUCAUGCCAUUGUAUUUCUCAACAUUCCUAGUUAUGGUGGUGGUACACAUCCAUGGAACAAAUCCGGUGGUCAAUUUGAACCAGCCACAGAUGAUGGUAUGAUUGAAGUUGUAGGUUUGACCACAUACCAAUUGCCCCUGCUGCAGGCAGGUGGGCAUGGAUCGUGUAUAACACAGUGUAGGUCAGCAAAGAUCGUAACAUCGAAAACCAUUCCGAUGCAAGUGGAUGGUGAGGCGUGCAAGCUGAAACCAUCCAUUAUUGAGAUAAAUCUACUCAACAAAGCUGUGAUGUUGGCAAAAAGGAAACCUGGCAGAAUUAAUGUGCAACACUCAACACUGGAGCCACUUAACAUUAGUAUUAAUCGAAUUACAAUGUCCGAUUACGAGCAACACCAUUAUGAUAAGGAUUUGCUAAAACAAUCAGCUACGUCAAUUGGAUGCAUAGAAGUGAAUCCCAUAGCGGAUUUGGAGAAUGUGAGGAGUCUUGUCAAUAGACAUUGUGAAACAGCCACGGAGGGUGGCAUAAAAUUAUCGUCAGAAUGGUGCUUUGUGGAUUCGUGUACGGCAGAGAGAUUUUUCCGGGUGGAUCGAGCACAGGAACAUCUUCACUAUUUGACGGAUAUUGCAAAUGAAGCACUGUAUAUUCUUGAUCAAGAUUGUCCAACAAUGCCACAGACUCCGGAGGAUGAAACUGCUCUUGCAUCACCCAGUUCCCUCCAUCCUCACAAUACCAGUCCAUCCGAAUCAAGUGAAAAAGAUUCACAUGAAUGCACUCCAGUUACCCCACAAAAGAGAUUCUUCAAUCGAUCUCUGUCAGGACCUGGACCAACAACAAAUCUGGAAAAUCUUUCACCAACGCUCAAUCGCAUGACUUAUCAAUCAGAUUCAGACAAUGAAGUGAUUCGCAAUGGAAAGACAUUGGAUACAAAAACCAUCAAUUUUAGAAGCUUUCAUGACAGAUUAUUUAGUCUGAAUGAGGAUCCUUUUGGAUUCAGCAAUCUACUGGAAAAGACAACGGAUGUUAUAAUAAAAGCUGCAAAAUCUGGUGAUUUAUUACUGCUUAAAGAGCUUCAUACACAAGGUUAUUCGCUGUUGUCCAUAGAUUCAACAGGACAAACAGCCCUACACUAUGGUGCUCAGUAUGGACACAAAGAUAUCGUGAGAUUUCUCAUAUCCUACGCUCCCAACUCUAUCAUAAAUAUGCUGGACAAUGAAAAAGGACAAACAGCUCUUCAUGUGGCUGCAGCUCAUAAAAGGAGGAGUAUCUGCUACAUGUUGGUGGCAGCAGGUGCAAAUCUCGACAUUCAAGAUAAUGAGGGGAGAACACCCAAGAUGCUGGCCAUUCUCGCUGAUGAUCACAAUUUAGCGACAUAUCUUGAAAUGCUGGAUGCUACGGGGAAAAUCAAUUCGGGUCUUCUUCAAGGUAAUAUCAAUCAGCUGGGUAAUUAUGACCUUUGCACGGACAUUGCCACCCGGGUAAAGGUCACUGAAAAGGAUUCAGUACGAAUUCAGGGCAAAUACUGCCUUGCAUCUGUGGAGCUUCAGGCCGAAGAGGAAAAUCUGAAGCUGCCACUGCACUUGAUUCAGGGAAAAUCCCUAUUGAGAAGCUCCAUAUCCGACCCCAGUCACUUCCUACCGCGCUUUACUGUUUUCGACUGGGGAAUUUGCGUUCCAGCUGCAUGUUCAGCUACAGACAUUGAGGAUUACUUGGAAGAUACUCUGGAGAAUUACAAUGCAACCGGAGUGUCUGUGCUGGUGCAACUCGAAGAUGAAGAUUGUUAUGUGAAGAAAACAAACAAUUGGAAUAAUCUCCUAAAGACUGAAUGGGAAUUGACUGCAACUGUAGCUGGAGUAUGCUUUAUCCUUGUUAUUGCCGCACUGGCUACAAUGAAUGACUGCUGGACUCAAUGGAAGAGAGCAGCCAUCGUUAUUGAGAUUGUUGAUGGAGAUGAGGAAGUGAAGGAAAGUGAAAAUAUUCCAGCAGAGGGAACAAAUCCAGAACCUCUGGAGACAGUUAAUCAGGUUUUAAUGGCAUUUUCCUUGAGGCAAACUCUGAGGGAUUUGGUGCAUUUGAGAGACGGUGAAAUUGGGUGCAUACAUGGCCUCAAGGCAAUUGCAUCAUUAGCUAUUUUCUUCACCUUCAAAACACUACAAAUUGUCCGACUGCCGUGGUCUAACAGAAUCUCCCUCACUGAAACUCUCGACAAUCCCACGACAGUCCUACUCAGGUCACCACUCCUUUCCAUGGAUACCUUUCUGGUUUUGAGUGGUAUCCUCGUAGCUUACUCCACAUGCAGAGAUUUUGAGACUCAUGGACACAUUCGAUGGAUCAGGCGGAUCUUGGGGCGUAUCUUACGCCUUCUGCCACUUUUGAGCCUAUCCACGCUCUUCAUUGCAUGGAUCUGGCCACAUCUGGGCUCAGGACCGCUUUGGGGAGACAUCGUGGAGGACAACUCUGAUCUCUGCCAAGAUAGUUCUUGGAAAAACUUCGUCUUUCUCAAUAACUGGGACGAUGUAGCAGAAUCUUGUUCACCCCACACAACUCAAUUAGCAGUUGAGUUUCAACUCUUUCUGCUCUCACCAAUUGUGAUUUGGCUCAUGUACAGAUCUCCAGUGAUGGGAUUAGGCCUCUUUGGACUUCUUCAUGCAUUUUCCGCAGCCACAAGAUUUUCAGCAACGCAACAGAAUCGGCUGUCGCCCUGGAUCUUUCAUGGCAUGAAACUCACCCAGAUUUACAGAACCAUCAAUCUUUCCUUUGGCACAUUGCUGCAUCGAGUAACUCCCUACAUGGGUGGCCUUGGCCUUGGUAUGAUGCUGUUCCAAACUGGAACAAAUGUUCGUCUAUCGAAGGGAAUAAUGUACGGGGGAUGGGCCUCAUGCAUUUUAUCAUUCGCCUGGUGCAUUGGCUCCCAAUGGGAUAUCACGAGACGAGACUAUGUGUAUGAUCCAACAGACGUGGCCAAGUCAAGUGCAUGGUCUCCCCUCAUUUGGACCAUCGCCAUCAAUUGGAUCGUCUUUGCAUGCCACACGGGCAAUGGAGGUAUUCUAAAUGAAAUCCUCUCAGCGAAGGCUAUGAUAUUCCUAAGCCGGAUCUCCUAUGCUAUGUACUUUGUGGAGUUCAUUGUGUUAAAUACAUCGGCAGCUACGGUCCAGCAUCCAGAUGCAUUUGGCCUCUCCGAUUUCCUUGAUUGGGUGGAAAUUGGAGCAAUUAUCGUGUCAGCAACGAUUCUCGCAUUAAUCUUCGACCUGCCACUGCACAGUGUGAAGGCUCUCCUGUUCAGUGCCGUCGAGUCGGAAGGAGCUGGUCUGUCGACAAUUUCUCAGACGGAAGUGGAUGGGUUGGAUGGGACAAAGGAAGUCUCCGAGGAAAUUGAGGAUGUUUUUGGGGGCGAUGAUGAGCAUGAGGAGUUGCCAAAGAGGAAAAUUCAAUUUUACGCUGAGCAGGAAGAUGAAGAAGCCGAAGAGCCGGAAGGCCAUGGGGGUGGGGAAGAGGCUACAGAUGACAUUUGGGGCACUGAUGAAAGAGAGGAAUUCAUCCGUAAGAAACCAUCCUACGUGCCGAGAUACAAUUAUACUGCAGCUCUAGAAGAAGAUCACGCGGAGCCAGCUGAGGACGAGGAGGUGGAAGAAGAAGAGGAGGAGGAGGAUGAGGAAGAAAUUGAGGAGGAGAAGGAAAUUGUGAGAAAACCACGACGUUGGUAAUUUUUAAUUUAAAUUAUUAUCUCGUCUUUAGAAUUAUUCUUUGAACUUUUUCACUAAACUCUCAAGAGAUUGUUAAGAGGAUUUUCUCUUCCAAGGGGAAAUGUUGUUUGCUCUAUAAUUUCAUGAGUAAAGGCAGUAAAGGUAUUGCUGCUUGCAUCAUUAAAAGUCGUACAAUCAA